AUGACUCGCUGGUCUCAUUUGGCUCUCGUGCCUCUGCUGCCUCAGCUGCUGGUCGCAACUUCCGUCACAGAUGGGGAAACCAAGCCCGUGCAACUGCACCCACGCGACGAUGACGAGUAUUCGUCGCCGCCGUACUAUCCAACCCCGCAUGGUGGGUGGGUGUCUGACUGGUCAGAUGCCUACGAGAAAGCAUACCAGGUUGUCAGCAACAUGACAUUGGCGGAGAAGGUGAAUCUUACCACCGGAACAGGGUUCUUCAUGGGACCUUGUGUUGGACAGACUGGGAGUGCACCGCGAUUCGGCAUCCCGAAUCUGUGCUUACAGGACUCCCCCUUAGGGAUUCGGGAGACGGACCAUAUCACAGCAUUCCCACCCGGGCUCACAGUCGGUGCGACCUUCAAUAAAGAGCUGAUGUAUAAUCGUGGUGUUGGAAUUGGUGAGGAAGCCCGAGGCAAGGGUGUCAAUGUUCAACUGGGCCCAGUUGUUGGACCCAUCGGCCGCAAGCCUCGAGGAGGUCGUAAUUGGGAAGGCUUUGGUGCAGACCCAACCCUUCAAGCUAUUGGAGGUGCUGAAACUAUCAAGGGCAUGCAGAGCACAGGUGCCAUCGCGUCACUGAAGCACUUUAUUGGAUACGAGCAGGAGAUGUACCGGAUGAGCAGCAUUAUUACCAAGGGCUAUUCGUCCAAUAUCGAUGAUCGAACUCUACAUGAGCUUUAUCUUUGGCCUUUUGCAGAGGGAGUUCGUGCUGGUGUGGGCUCAAUAAUGACUGCUUAUAACGAUGUAAAUAGCUCGGCUUGCAGCCAGAACAGCAAGCUGCUUAAUGAUAUCCUCAAGGAUGAACUUGGUUUCCAGGGCUUUGUCAUGACGGACUGGCUGGGUCACUAUAGUGGUGUAGGAUCCGCUCUUGCUGGCCUUGAUAUGGCUAUGCCUGGCGAUGGCUCUGUGCCUUUGUUUGGAGACAGCUAUUGGGCUUAUGACCUUUCUCGGUCUAUUCUCAAUGGCAGUGUCCCACUCGACCGCCUUAAUGACAUGGUAACUCGAAUCGUCGCUACGUGGUACAAAUUUGGCCAGGAUGAAGACUACCCACUGCCUAAUUUCUCUUCUAACACGGAUGCCGCGACUGGCGAGCUCUAUCCCGGUGCUCUCUUCUCUCCUACAGGUGUUGUCAACCAAUUUGUCAAUGUAGAGGGAGACCACAACAUCACUGCUAGAGCUGUUGCGCGCGAAGCCAUUACCCUUCUCAAGAACGAGGACAGUAUACUUCCCCUCAGCAGCAACGAUUCGCUCAAGGUGUUUGGCACCGAUGCUGGCCCGAACUCAGGUGGAUUAAACUCAUGCACCGACCAAGGUUGCGACAAUGGCGUUUUGACCAUGGGAUGGGGUAGCGGCUCCGCAAGCCUGCCGUAUCUCAUCACACCCCAAGAGGCCAUCGCAAAUGUUUCACAAAACUGCACAUUUUACAUCACAGACUCGUUCCCAUCUAGUGUCACCGCUAGUGCCGAUGACAUUGCGAUUGUCUUCAUUAACGCUGAUUCUGGUGAGAACUCCAUCACUGUUGACGGUAACCCCGGAGACCGACUAGUGGCUGGCUUAAACGCCUGGCACAACGGUGAUGAACUAGUCAAAGCAGCGGCGGAGAAGUUCUCCAAUGUUGUCGUAGUUAUUCACACGGUCGGCCAAAUUGUGAUGGAGGAGUGGAUUGAGCUAGACUCCGUCAAAGCAGUUCUCGUGGCCCAUCUCCCGGGUCAGGAAGCCGGUGACUCGCUAGUGGACAUCCUUUUCGGCGACUACAGCCCGAGCGGCCAUAUGCCUUACACGAUUCCAAAGAGCGAGUCUGACUAUCCAGACAGCGUGAGUAUUAUCGACCAACCGUUCGGCCAAAUCCAGGAUACCUUCACUGAAGGCCUCUACAUCGAUUACCGCCAUUUCCUCCAAGCCAACAUCACUCCGCGGUACCCCUUCGGUCAUGGGCUGUCAUACACCACAUUCAACUUCUCGAGCCCUUCCAUGUCAGUCGUGACAGCAAUCGACAGCACCUAUCCUCCUGCGAGACCCUCUCAAGGAGCUACGCCGAAAUAUAAUGACUCCAUCCCCAAUCCUUCUGAAGUUGCAUGGUCAUCAACGAGCUUUACUCGUAUUUGGCGUUACCUCUACCCCUACCUCGAUGACCCUCAGUCGAUCACUGCAUCGGAUACCUACCCUUACCCGGACGGCUACAACGCGACGCAGAAGCCCGGGGUGCGAGCUGGUGGUGGUCAAGGUGGUAAUCCUGCUCUGUAUGACAUCGCAUUCUCGAUCGACGUCACUGUCACAAACACAGGAAAUCGAAAAGGAAAGGCCGUCGCACAGCUAUACGUCGAGCUUCCUUCAAGCUUGGGCCUUGAUACCCCCUCUCGUCAGCUCCGUCAGUUUGAGAAGACCGAGGAACUGGCGGCUGGUCAAAGUCAGACUUUAACGCUCGAGAUCACCCGCAAGGAUCUUAGUGUUUGGGAUGUCGUUGUGCAGGACUGGAUGGCUUCUGUUGGCGGCGAAGGAGUCAAUAUAUAUGUUGGUCAAAGUGUUGCUGAUCUUCCAGUCCUAUGUUCGGUUGGUGCAGGAUGUUCUGUUUCUUGA